ACUUAGUCAUCUUUUUCCCUGCGGCAGCAGUUUAGAUUGGACAGGACCCAUUUGCACUUUGACCCAGAGGAUAUCCUGUGCCUGCUCAGCAGUUGGAGUGUGAGUGCUCCAAAGCCAACAUAAGACUAAAGAUCUUAACAGCUUUAUGCAGUUUUAUUGAGAUGAAAGGAGAUUUGAGCAUUCUACAAAGCAGAUAAAAGAAAGACUGGAUACAUUCACUUGCAACCUUGACAAUGAUGGAAGAGGUAAAAGAAGUGACACCUUGUCUAAGUGUCCAUGGUCAUAACAUCAAGGUUACAGAAGUGUUGAAAGACAGGGACACGCUUACCUUCCUAAUAGUAUCUCAAAAGCUGUCUGGGACGGGGGAGUACCAUGUGGACCGGACCUAUGAUGAUUUUGAAUGGCUGCAGCAGCAGCUGUUCUUCCAGGAGGACAUGCCUGGGAUAGAGGGAGUCAUAUUCCCUCCUCUUCCUGCAAAGCCUCAGGUGAAUGCAUCUGCCAAGGUUAUAAAACAGCUUGGUUUCCUUGGUUUAGGAGAGUGGCAGCCAUACUGUAAAGCACUGGAAGCCUUCCUCCGGCAGGUUACUGCACACAGCAUACUCAGCAAAAAUAAAGCUGUGGAGAUCUUCCUGACUAGCUCAGACCCUCCAGGCAGACAGAGAGCAAGGAAAAACAUUUUCAACCGGCUGAGUCAAGCUGUGGAAGAGAUGAGGAAAGAAGGCCAUAAGGAUGUGGAUGAGUUCUUUCAAACUGAACGUGAUCACAACCUUGUUCUAACUGGCUGUACCAAAACUGCAGCUGAGAGAUUCCUGGAUGUGGUGCUAACUGAGCAAAAAAUAGCAGUGGCCUCUGGGUACUUCUCGGCUGCUCUGCAUCUCUGUGUGGAACCAGGGGAGAAUCCUGACACACAGGCUUUCUCUAAAGCUUGUGUGAAAUUAUCAGAAGUAUUUGACUCUAUGAAGAAAAAUAUGGCAAGAGUUGCUGAGAACAAUGUGAGCACUCUUGGGCUAGGUCUGGACCUGGAGUCGCGCUACCAGGAGGCAGAAAAGGAAAUGCUGUUCAGGAGAACCUGUAAACUAGUGGAGUUAGAGACUGCCAAGAGGAAUGCAGAGAAGGCCAAACCUGUAAAGAAGGCUGCUAUGGAGGAGGUGAGGAAAGCAGCAGAAACAGAGUUUGAUCUCAUUUGUGGAGUGGCUAAACAGGAGAUUGCGCUGUUCCACAGUGUGCGUGUGGAGAUGUUGCAGCAGGCUCUGGUUCAGUGGUGUGAAAAGCAGCUUUGCACAGCCAAAGAAAGUGCUGACCAGUUCGGCCAGCACCUGCAGGCCUUUAGAGGGAUGGCCUGGUGACCCCACUCUUAAUGAAGCAUCCUUAGUAUGUCUAAACAUAGCAUGGGGUAACCCAAACAUGUCCUUCAUCUUGUUGUGCUGCAGUGUGAUGCUUUAUUGGGUUCAAUUACACCAAGUGUAAAUAGAUAAAUGUAGUAAAAGAUGUCAAACAGAAUCCUUAUUAUUUGUGUACACACACACUAACUUUCCCUCAGUCUCCCCUCUAUCACACCCAAUAAAGCCCCUGUAGAAAUGAUGGUUCUGAUUUUAUAGCAGUGGUAGUAUAGAACACACACACACACACACGAAAUGGCCUUACCAGAGGAUUUGUGCUGAGAGUGUGCUGUGCUGCUACCUAGCCACUACAUCAGCUGGGGUCACACAAAAUAAAGUGUGAUGAAUUGAUUCCCAAAGUA